GAUGCCUGUCUGUACCAGUGCGAGAGCAUGGAGGAGGGAGAGGACGGGGAGUACACGAGACGACCGAAAUAUGAAACAUCGACCUCAUUCCCUGUGUACUCAACAUGGGGCCGAUUCCAAUCUACAUCCCUACAAUCAACCAUUGGAAAUGUCUUGUUUGUUAGUAGUAUGAGGUAACCACCACUGUUACCUCCAUAUCUGCUUUAACAAUAUGGUCCACAUAUGAGAUCCAACAACACAGGUAAUUCAGAGGUUCAAAUCUCCCAUGGACUUGAUUUGUGAUUAAGUCUGUUACACAAGUGUAUCUCAAAUUAAGAUUUGGACAACAUAAGACUAGGCCUAUCUGAUGCAAGCAUCUCAGUCCAUUCAGGGUUGCCAGGUCGUCAUUGUAAAUAAGAAUUUGUUCUUAAUUGACCUGCCUGGUAAAAUAAAGUUUAAAUAAAAUAGUGUGCAAUAGUGCGACAAUCUGCUCAUUCUUGCUCUAUGAGAGCAGUAUCAGUAUAUAUCAGCCAGGCAGCACUAAACACUAACUAGCAGUGGUGAUAGUUCAGUGUGUGAUGCCAACGUUAAAUAAGGUAACUUGAGUGAGCCUGAGAUGGGCCGGUCCAUAAUGGGGCUGAUUGCCUGUUGGGGAAACCGAUUGUGUGCCCCCUGUCGACCUACUGACUAAUCUAGACAAUGGCCUAAUUCUGUGCUUCGCCUCCUCGCAGUUUGACAACGAUCUCGUGCUGACUCUUGAUCCCGACAAUCCCACGUCGCCGUGGAGACACCUGGAUGACAACCUUCUCACAGGUGCAGAGAUGAAUAAAACAUGGCACAGUCCCGUAUUGAAAGAUAAAAUGACGAUAACGCAGCCUUUGCCAGUGGACAUGUUGUUCCGGGUGAAGGCGGAGCCUCCCUCCCCUGCCUCCUCGCUGGCCUCAGACUGCUCCCUGACGUCACUCCCAGACUCACAGAUCACAGUGAAAGGGGAGAACCCGCCCACACCUCCUUAUAUGUUUGGAGAUGUGCUGUCGCCACCACUUGGCACAUGUGAAGUCACGGUGGCCUCGCCACAGGCGCCACAGUCCCAAUUGCUCCCACAGCCACAGCAACACCAGACAGCAGCCAACAAUGGCAUCGACGCACUUGCCACAGUCCACCCCACCAUCAAAGCCAGUACCAUCCUGAGCAGUAAGCCUCCCAUCCAGCCCAGGCCUGUGUGUUUAUCGGCUCUCCCCGUCCCCCAGUCUCCCAGUCCAGCCAAGGCCCUCAUACUGCACAGCCUGCCUAGCAUGGACCAGAGCAGGCCAGUGGUGCUUUCCCAGUCUGUCUGUCUGGGGUCCACUCCAGCCAUCGUCAAAAUGGAGCCUGUGUCUCCCACCAUGCCUCACGGCCAUAGCCCCACAGCCCCAUUCCCCAGCAAACCCGUAGUCCCAGCGUCCUCUCUGCCAGGGAGCAAUGGCAUUGAUGUGAGUGUCUGUCAGUCACAUGUCAGUCAGUCGGUGAGUAGGAUUGAGUCUCUUUCACUCUCUUCUUCAGCUGUUGUAUUACCUCAGUCUUCACUGUCAAAUCAUACGCUGUGCAAUCAGCUGCUGUUAACAACUUCUGCCAUAAUUCACUUUCAUGCGUUCUCCCCUCCGGCCGUGUCACAGAUGAAGGUGAUGAAGAGGCAGCAGAGGAUGAUCAAGAACCGGGAGUCGGCGUGCCAGUCACGCAAAAAGAAGAAGGAGUACCUGCAGAACCUGGAGGGCCAGCUGAGGGAGGCGCAGCAGGAGAACGAGCGCCUCCGCAGGGAGAACCAGGCCCUGAGGGAGAGGCUUGUCGGGAAAGAGGGCAGUGAGUCUGGUAACAAUAAGAGGGCCGUCUGCGUUAUGGCAGUGCUACUGUUCAUGACUUUCAGUUUCGGCCCUGUCAGUAUCACAGACAGGAAGCUGGAGACGGGACUACAGGAAGAGGUGGUGCCUCACGCAGGAAGACGUCUCCUGGAGUUUGAGACGGCUCAGGAACACAGCAGAGUGGAGGAAAGGAUGGAUCCUGAGGAGGAGGAGGAGGAGGAGGAUGGGUGGAAGGGAGGAGAAGUGGAGAGGGAAUCCACCGAUUCAUACCAGUUUAGGAACCUGAGUGACGUGUUCAGUGACGUGAAGGAUUUGGUCCUGCAGGACAUCGACCGCUAUUUCACCUCCAAUGACUGCAGGCAGUUCAACCGUUCAGAGUCCCUCAGGCUGGCGGAUGAGCUGAGAGGAUGGGUUCACAGGCACCAGAUCGACAGGAAGAAGUCUGGAGGGAAGCCAAAGAUGGUGAAAAAAGCUAAAAUAGCGCAGAAAGCACAGCUAAGGAAGACAAACUUCUCCAGAUAUCUUCCCAUACAGACCCAUCGUUCCAUUGAGAGUCAGAUACAAGUGUUCCCUGCCGGUCCCGAGAUCAGCUACAGUGACUUCAUGGACGCCAUCGACCGGCGUGAGGACACCUUCUACGUGGUCUCCUUCAGACGGGAUCACCUGCUGUUGCCUGCCAUCAGCCACAACAAGACCACACGGCCCAAAAUGUCCCUGGUGAUGCCGGCUAUGUCUGUCAACGAGAGUUUAUAUAACAAAUCCCAUGAGAUGAUGAUGCAGGUGGAUUGUGAGGUCAUGGACACCCGGAUCAUCCCCAUCAAAGCCUCCGAUGUUCCCCCGUCCCUCCGCGACCCCCCUUCGGCUCCCCCCGCCCACCAUCACCACAGCAACCACACCUCCCUCCGAGGCCGCCACCAUCCCCACACCGGCGGAGCGGAGUCUCCACGGCAACCCUUACCCGUCAGAAGAAGGGAGGCUGAGUAUUACAUCAGCCAGGGGGGCCAGGUUUGAGGCUAUUGAAGGUGAACAAUCGAGAGGGGGAUUGGAGGAGAAAGGACAGGUAGCGGAAAACGGGACAGAGAGGGUAAUGGGAGAUCGAAUAGGUGAAGUUAGAUGGGGAUGCGGACUUAAUAAGGGAGAGUUGAAAGGUUGUAGGAGGCAAAUCUGUUAUGGAAUUACGGAGGCCAUCUGUACUAAUUGAAAUGGAUGUUUAACAAUGACCUUGUAGUGCCCCGAUGUUGAAACGUUGUCUCAGCAACUCAAAGCAAAUGUGUUUAUUAUACUGAAGACUCAAUAUACUAAUAGACCAAUGAGUAAUAGCCACUUUGCAAACCUGCUCUGUUUUUAUAUUGAAGAAGUCAAAUAAAAUUGAAGGGGGAAAAAAUCUGAAAACAAAGCCAACCUAAAAGGCUAUGCCAUCACCCACGUUAUUUAACCUCAUCCCACUUGACACCCUCUUUUAUUUAUAUAUAUUUUUUACAUUCUAGGAUUCAAGUUUACCAAUGGCUCCUAACUAAAUCAUUUCUUAAUAUAAUAUAUAUUUUUUUUAACCUGCCCAAAACAUAGACCUGGCAGUUCACUGCACUAAGACAGAGCGCAGAACUAAUCACUGAAAUAUAUAUGCAGCUAGUGGUAGAAUGGACUGCUCAUGGUUUCAUUUGAGUUGUUGUUGUUGUUGUAGAGGUUGUCUGUAUAUUUGUUUUUAUCGCUUUCCAUUGAAAUUCCAUUGAGGGCUCCUGCAGAAAAUGCAGGUCAGAUGCUAGUUGUCAGCUUAGAUUUGGUUUUUGUUUGUUUAUUUUAUGUCAAAUGUGUUUUGGAUUUGUAUGAGGGUUAUUUAACUUGAGUUUAUUGGUUGUAAAUAUAAACGGUAGCUGUUGAGUUACUUAAAAAAAAAAAUCAUACCUAUAUUCUGUCCUCUAAACCUCUGCAUGUUAUGGGCACAAACCUGCUGUUCCUAUGUUCCAGAAGUGAGCACAGUAAUAAUAAGUACAUGGAUGGACUAAAUAUAUUUGCAUUGAAUGUAGACCACCACCGUGAUCAUACUGUGUGUUUCUAUAUACAGGUGAUUUUUCUCACUUGCACAAAUCUUGCAGCUGAUCCAUUUGUGUCUCUGUGUAAUUAUGGAGAACAGCAACAGCUGUGAUGGUGCAGAAAAAAACCUAGGAUGUAUUAACAUCUGAAUAAAUUCUCAAUGUCAUCAGCAAUUACUGACACUUUAUCCAGAAUCAUCCAGUUACUCUGAAAUUAUAAAAUGUAUUGUUUCUCAUACACAGUAUAUGUGAAGUAAUUCCAGUGAAUUGUAAGCAUUGUUUUCAGUUGUUUUUCUUUUGGUGGAUGUCGCCUGCCCCCACACACACAAAAAUGCAGUCUUAGUCUUUUGACCAAAAGUGAUUUCUGAAUUUACAAUGAGAUGUGAAGGCAUUUUCUUUAGUUGUAAACUCUCUGUGUUUAGUUGUAAACUGCACGCACUUCUUUGGCAAGUGUGUAUUUUUGAGAUAAUAAUGCCGUUCUCAUGGGAAUACCACCCAUGUUUUAACUUUUUUUUAAAUAUGAAAAGUAGAAUUAUUAUAAUAAAAAGAAAUGAAUAAAAAAAAUGGAUAUGAAACUGUACAAGUUGUGUUAGGGGUGUUGAGGGGUCUCUUUGUAGUCUUAUUUCUAUUUCAGACCUUACUUUAGCCAAUGAAAUACAGGAACACAAUGCUACUACUAGUCAUGUAUGUGAGGUGUCGGACCAAAGACAUUCCCUUUUUCAUUUACAUGUCAAUUCACUGUCCCGCACACACACAUUACAUGUACACACACAGCAAAACUUUAAGCAUGGAAAUCUAUGGUUAUAACGGAAGCAAUGUUACAGAAGGGUAUUCGGGCCAAGUGAAGAGUAAAAAAUAUAAACGGCAACGGGUGGUGGUACUUGGAUUAUAAUUUUCUGCAUGAAAUGUAGAGAAGUACUAUGUAUGUAACCACGUUUCCUCCUUCUGAAAAUAAUCUCUGGCACAACCUUUUUGAGGUCCUAAUACUUCUUGUUAUAUGUGCUAAAAGAGAGGAUAUCCUUGUUACUGAAGCCAAUUCUAAAGUAUAGUUUCACCGGGUCAUCUAACUGCAGGCUUUUCAUUGAUGGUGCGCACAGCAACAGGGAGACAUGCUGUUAACCAAAUCUCCUACUUUAAUCUUGAAAUUUAACUCUACAUUUAGACUUUAUUCUCAAAAUAUUGGCACUUUAUUCUUUACUAUCGUGCCAAAAAAAUUAUAAUCCAAGUACCACCACCCGUCGCCGUUAUUAUAAUUUUUUUCUUCACUUGGCCGUAAUACUCUUCCGUACAAUGUGUAUUUAUAUGUUCAACGCCACCUGUCUUUUCUUAUUUAAAUGCAUUUUCAUAAAUAAAACUUUUAAAAAUGUCCUUUUUCCCUGAAUGAGAAGUUUGAGCUGCUGCCUUUUUGAAUUUGAUAAAUAAAGUUUUUUUAAGUACA